AAUCAACGCGUUAAGACGCACCUGAUCAUAAUUGUUAUAAGCUAUAAAAAAUCGUUUUUAAGGAGUUUUAUUGAAUACUUCAAGCAAUAGUAAAUAGGAUAAUUGAAUUUCAAAAAACAUUUUGUGUGGAUUCCGGAUAUAAAAAAUUCUAACGUCAUAACAAAAUAUAAAGAAACGCUAUAAAAUUCAAUUUGUGCUAAUUUAAUAAUUUUAUUUUCAACUGUCUACUCGUGGAUACAUAAAAAAUAAUCAGAAGCAACAUGAGUGAUGCCAGUACAAAAAGUGUGAAUUUUGAUACAAAUAUGCCGAAAAAUUUGGAUCAAAAGCUGAUAAGAAAUGUGCAAAGUGUCAUACCGAAAAGAAGACAACAAUUGUUACAAUGGGAUGGCUGGGGUUACAAAGAUUCUGGAUUUUAUACAGUGGCUGAAAAAGUUUAUUUUUCUGGUGAUAGAUAUCCAAUAUCUGCCAAGGCUCCAUUAGUAGCAUUCAGGGAAUGGGUGAGAACGAAUUUCGGUAUUGAAAUAGUUGAUGAUUCGACAAAGUCAAAGAUGCCGACUAAAUUUCCUGACCCAAUCAUCAAUGAAGAAUUCUUUGAAGGGAUAAAAAAAUAUAGAAUUGAUCAUUCUAUUCAUGGUGAAGAUCGUUUGUUCCGUUGUCAUGGUCAAACACUAGCUGAUAUCCACAACCUCAGAAAUGGAAAGUUUACUCGAAUUCCUGACAUUGUUUUAUGGCCCGUUAAUCAUGAUGAAGUUGUAAAUAUUGUGAAACUUGCCAAUGAAGCAAAUGUUAUUUUAAUACCUUUUGGUGGUGGAACAAACGUUACUGGAGCUGUUACAUGUCCGCAAGAUGAAUAUGAAAGAUGUAUCGUAAUUUUAGAUACAUCACAAAUGAAUAGAAUGCUGUGGUUAGAUAAAGAAAACCUUUUAGCAUGUUUUGAGUCAGGCAUCGUAGGUCAAGAUUUGGAAAGAGUACUUAAUAAAGAAGGUUUAACAAUGGGACAUGAACCAGACAGCUAUGAAUUUUCGACAUUGGGUGGUUGGGUUGCAACUCGAGCAUCGGGAAUGAAGAAGAAUGUUUAUGGAAACAUCGAAGAUUUGGUGGUGCGUGUAAAGAUGGUGACAAGCAAAGGAGUUCUUGAGCGAAAUAUUUCAGCACCGCGAGUUAGUUGUGGACCUGAUUUCAAUCAAAUUAUUUUGGGAAGUGAAGGAACCUUGGGUGUUGUAACAGAAGUGAUGGUUAAAGUCCGUCCAUUACCACCUGUUAAAAGAUAUGGUUCACUUGUUUUCCCAGACUUAUCGUCUGGAAUAAAAUGUCUUAGGGAAAUCGCUAAAAGACGUUGUCAACCUGCAAGCAUUCGUUUAAUGGACAACGAACAAUUUGCUUUUGGUCAGGCACUGAAAACUGAAGGCGGAUUCUUCUCACAUAUAGGCGAGAAAUUGAAAAAAUUUGCGUUGACGACAAUUAAAGGCUUUGACUUAGAAAAGCUGACAGUUGCGACUUUGCUUUUUGAAGGUGAGAAAGAAGAUGUCGACAGACAAGAAAAGCUUAUCUUUGAAAUUGCUGGUAGACAUGGAGGUUUCUCAGCAGGCGCAACAAAUGGUCAGAAAGGCUACGUGCUUACAUUUGUGAUCGCUUAUAUUCGCGACCUUGCGCUUGAUUACGGAAUCGUUGCGGAGUCGUUUGAAACUUCUGUACCUUGGGAUAAAUGUGAAAAACUUUGUUACAACGUUAAAGCAGUUGUAAAUGAAGAAUGUAUCAAACGUGGAAUCCGAUUCUUCUUGAUCAGCUGUAGAGUCACACAAACAUAUGAUGCCGGUGCGUGUGUUUACUUUUACUUCGGUUUUCGUCACAACUUAAAAGAUGAUCCCGUUCAUACAUACGAAGAAAUUGAAAAUAAAGCGCGAGGUUCAAUAUCACAUCACCAUGGUGUCGGUAAGAUUCGCGCCAAAUGGUAUAAACAAAGCGUUUCAAAUCUUGGUGUGAGUCUUUACAAGUCAGCAAAAAUCGAACUUGACCCAAAGAACGUUUUUGCAAAUCGAAAUUUACUGGAACCAGAGGAUGAGGUUGACUUCAAACAAAUUUCUGCAAAAUUAUAA